AUGAUCACGACUUUCAUCUUACAAUGCAUAAUAUUAAUCGAAAGUAAGCUUGAUCCAUGUCCAAUAUCAUGGCGAUUACCUUGUCCACUUCCUCCAUGGUCACCGACAUACAAUAUGCAAUUAUCGACUCAAUAUUAUUUCUAUUCAAGUGAAGGAUUUUAUGAUAAUGCCACUGUUGCAUUUGCUGCUUUACACGGUGUUGUUGGAAUUGAUUGGGCUAAUCAUUAUGGCUUACCAAUGCACCGAGAAGAAACUUUAGCUCAACAAGCAGCAAUUAUCAAAAAUGUUAAUCCUCAAACACGCGUUUUUGUGUAUCGCCAAUCCGAAUUAGCAUUGAAUAUAUUCGAUAACGGUGCGAAAGUCAUGUAUGAUCCUUCGAAAACGAACUGGUUCGUUUUAUUUCCAAAUGGAACUAUUUAUAAUGAUUCAACUAAAGUUGGCAACUAUCGCAUGGAUCAAUUCUGCUGGGAUCAUCGAAAUCCAGAUGUCCAAGAUUAUUUUGUCAAUUCUUAUGUCGCCAGUGCGUUCAAUCAAUCUGUUGUCGAUGGAAUCUUUUAUGAUGAUGAUGGAGGUAUUUGGGAUGAACGACAAAAUUAUCCAAAUUACACUGAAGAAUAUCGCAAAUCGGUCGAUGCAGCACAACAAGUAUCUCUAAAUCGAGCUUGGGAACUUGGUCUUAAAUACAAGAAACAUGCUUGGCAAGCAUGGUUAAGUCCUACUAUUCCAACGAGUGACGAUAAACCAGCUGUUUGUGCGGAGAAAAUGAGAACGGCAAUGUCAAUGAAAAAUGUUCCUGUUACUUUCCCCGCUAUGUACAAUGGUGCGUGUGAUCAUCCAUGGGAAGAGUGUAAAGAUCUCAAACAACAAUUAGCAGCAUUUCUUAUUGCUCGUGGGGAUUACUGGUUAUUUUUCACGCCUAAUACAUGGUGGAAAGAAGGAUUUGAAGCUGAUUAUGGUGAACCGUUAGAAGAUGCCUCGGAACCAUUUGCGAACUUCUUCGUACGAAAGUGGAGUAAUUGCUUUGUUUAUCUAGAUUGUAAUAAUUUCGUUUCGGAUGUUAUUUUUCAUUCGAAGAACGAAGAGAAAUUUGUACGAGAAAAUGGUUCAACUGUUUUUAAAUAUUUUCUUUAUUUCUAUCACAUGUUUUGUCGAGUUUGUCGCUUAUUUUCCUUUUAA